AAUGAAGAGGCCAUCCAUCAGAUGGCUGUGGCGCCCUUCCCCGCCCCCCCGCCUCCACCGGCUCUGACCAACAUCAGCCCAGAGGUGACCACUCACACAUCUCCUCGUCCAGCAGGUCCUAAGUCCUGCCAGCUGUCACCGCUUUGUGCCAAACUCCAUCACAGAACCGACAAGUUCUCUGAGUCUGUGAGGAGCUGUGGUCCUGCAGCCUCUACAGGCCAGAUCACUGUAGAUAGACUCAGGGAGUCUGACCCCUCCGAGAGGGUGGGGUCAGUGUGGGGUCAGGGGUCGGUUUGGGGUCAGUUUGGGGUCGGUUUGUUUUCGUUUGGGGUCAGUGUGGAGUCGGUUUGGGCUCUGCUUGGUGUCUCCGCCCCCUCGGACGGGCCCCGCCCCCUGGACAGUCUGAGGCUCCGCCCCUCCCCUAGCACAGCGGGGUCUGCUGGACAGGGCGAGGCCGAGCAGAACCAGGGGGGCAGCAGGAGCCCAGCCCAGAGCUCCAGAAAGAAGCUGAAAGCUGCCGAGCCCCCUGAAAACCAGCCGCAGGAUCCAAGGGCCCCACUGGAGCUUCAGCCCUGCAGGUCGGACAGCAAACAGGCGCCAGCACCUGUGAUCCACGCCGAGCCGGCCGUCGCUGACACAGACCCGUCCUGCUGCACCGUGGUCCCCGGUCAGGAGACGCUGCUGCAGAUCUCCAAAGGCCGGUCCGGCCUGGGCCUCAGCAUAGUGGGAGGCAGGGACACCCAGCUGGACGCCAUCGUGAUCCAUGAGGUCUACGAGGAGGGCGCGGCAGCCAGAGACGGCCGGCUGUGGGCCGGAGACCAGAUCCUGGAGGUGAACGGCGUGGACCUCCGGGCAGCGUCCCACGAGGAGGCCAUCGCCGCCCUGCGCCACACGCCAGCCGAGGUCCGGCUCACGGUGCUGAGGGACGAGGCUCAGUACAGAGAGGAGGAGAACCUGGACGUCUUUAAGGUGGAGCUGCAGAGGAAGAGUGGCCGAGGACUGGGGCUCAGUAUCGUGGGCAAGAGAGCGCCGGGUCAGCGCUGUCACUUUGCCGCGGUGCCGCUCCAUCACGCCGGCCGGCUGACCACAGCCCGUUACACGGACACAGCUCGUUAA